GGCGCGCACGGACGGUUCGGGGCUGCGCUGGGUGUGUGUGUGUGUGUGUGUGGUGGCGGGGAGGGAGGGAAGGCAGGAGUCCUCCCGCUCGCCCGGGGUCGGGGAGUCCCCCGUGAUCAUGUCGCUGUGGCAGCGCCUGGCCCAGCUGGCCUGCCGCCUGCAGGAGCCGCAGAAAGUGGCCCGUUUCCAGCGGCUGUGCGGGGUGGAAGCGCCGCCGAGCCGCUCCCCGGAGGCGCGGGAGGAUGAGGAGGCGGAGGCGCCCCUCGCCGGAGACCUGCGGCGGCGGGGACGGCAGACGGCGGCUCCGGGAGGCCCCCAGCCGCCCGGGGGCGAGCGCAAUCAGUGCUGUGCCAAGGCGGACGGAGGCGGCGGCGGCGGCGGCGCCCCCAACGGCGUGCGGAACGGGCUGGCGGCCGAGCUGGGCCCGGCGGGAGCGGCGGCUGCACCGCGGCGUGCGGGCUCCCUGCGCCGCAACUCGUUGACGGGCGAGGAGGGCGAGCUGGUCCGCGUGAGCAACUGGCCGCUCUACUACCUGUUCUGGUUCGGCACGGAGCUGGGCAACGAACUCUUCUACAUCCUCUUCUUCCCCUUCUGGAUCUGGAACCUGGACCCGCUGGUGGGCCGGCGGCUGGUGAUCAUCUGGGUGCUGGUCAUGUACCUGGGCCAGUGCACCAAGGACAUCAUCCGCUGGCCGCGGCCCGCCUCGCCGCCCGUGGUCAAGUUGGAGGUCUUCUACAACUCCGAGUACAGCAUGCCCUCCACGCACGCCAUGUCCGGCACCGCCAUCCCCAUCGCCAUGGUGCUGCUCACCUAUGGCCGCUGGCAGUAUCCUCUUAUAUAUGGACUGAUUCUUAUUCCCUGCUGGAGCUCUCUAGUUUGCAUAAGUAGAAUUUACAUGGGAAUGCACUCCAUUCUGGAUAUUAUCGCUGGCUUCCUGUAUACCAUUUUAAUCCUAGCUGUCUUCUAUCCAUUCGUGGACACCAUUGACCACUUCAACCAAACCCACAGAUACGCUCCGCUCAUCAUCAUCGGGCUUCAUUUGGCCUUGGGGAUCUUUUCCUUCACGCUUGACACCUGGAGCACGUCUCGAGGAGACACGGCCGAGAUUCUCGGAAGCGGCGCUGGAGUUGCCUGUGGAUCUCAUGUCAGUUAUACCUUAGGGCUGAUAUUAGAACCUUCUCUAGAUACGUUACCUUUAGCCCGGCCCCCGAUUACCGUGACCCUGGUUGCAAAAGCCAUAUUGCGGACUUUCAUAGGGAUGGUAUUUGUGGUAAUACUCAGAGAUAUCAUGAAAAAGAUCACCAUUCCUUUAGCCUGCAAGAUCUUCAAUAUACCAAGUGAUGAUAUUCGCAAAGCAAGACAGCACAUGGAAGUUGAACUCCCUUACCGGUAUAUCACCUACGGAAUGGUUGGUUUCUCUAUCACAUUUUUAAUUCCUUACAUGCUUUCCUUCAUUGGUAUCUCUUGAUGGGAAGAAACACAUAUUGCUUAUAAUAAGAAAAGAAGGUAUUCAUUACUGACCUAAAAGUAUGUUCUAGGUAAAAGCCAAAUCGGAGUUAGGCUUUUUUUGCAGGAAUUUAACUUAAUUAUUUAAGUAAAUUCAUGAGAGUCCGUGCACUUUUGUCAUUGCACAUCCAAGAUACAUUGUUCAAGUGAGCUGAGCUGUUUCAAUCCCAAGAAAAUGAUCAGUGUCCAUUAGAACGUACGUGUGAGACUUGGAGAGUUUUCUGCUGUUAUGGGGUCAAAUUAUAUAUAAUAGAUAUUCAGGUAUAUAAUAUGAACUUAUAUAUCUAAUAUGUGUUAUAUAUAAAGCAACAUGCCUGAGAUAGUUUUCUAACUUGAGAGGGCUGUAUCAUAAAAUUGAUAAUAAUAUGCAAACAGUCGUGCCUGUGUAUUGGGACCUGGUACAGGUAUGUUGUUAUUAACAAAUGUGUUAACAUGCAUUUACACUGGUAGCCAUUUCCUGAUUGAAUUGCAUAAUUCCUAAACCAGAAUUUUCCCCUGCUGCCACCCAUUGAACGACUGCCUGUUUUAACACUGCCAUCCCCUUUCAUUACCCAUGAGGUUAAGCAUGGGAGGCAUUUAUAGUGGACCAAAUUUUCAGAGAAAAUUCAUUUUUGAAGUUUUUUUUUAAAAUUUCUGUACACUGUGUUGAAAGUACUUUUGUUUGCAACUGUUCUGAACAUAAGUUCAAUAAUUCAGGUACUGAAUUUUCUUGCGUGUUCAUUGUGCCUUUCUGUUGCCGAUUUAAGAAAUGCCAUGUAUACUGUGAUACAAAAGUUGCUAAUGUUAAGUUACAUGUAAUCAGGCAAAUUCUUUUAAACUGUGUUAAGCUAACAGGGAUAGAAGCAAACUGCCCUUAACUUUUUAACCUUUAUUUAGAAAGGAAUGUGGAAUGGGCUUAACUUUCUCAAUAAUUUAUUGGAAAGCUAAAUGGAUAAAUAUUUCCAUUUUUGUAAGUAUUUUUCUGUGCAUUGUAAGUUAUUGAAACAAGAUGUAUUUUUUUGCACAUUGUCUUGAUUGUUUAUACUGCAGGUAGAUGUUUCCACGGAGUGGAAAUGUAGCGGAAAUUUAUAGGUGGGACAAUGCACACACUUCACAUAUAAACAGACCAUUUUUCUGAAUUUUUUUGAAGGAUUUAAUUUCUCGUUAACCCAGUUAUUAGCCACUUA